ACUUAGGAAGUUGGGAAAGUUAAUGAUUUCUGAUAUGGACCUCAAAACUGCUUGGCUUUAACGGAAAAUGUUGCACAAAAUACCAUAUCAAAUAAUGCCAUAACCACCAGAGCAACAAGCCAGGGAAAUCAUCCAAGAUCAGAAAUCAUGACAGUGGCAGACAAUGAGUUGGAGAACAUGCACAAAUCAAUUAUGGAGAAGAAAGCUGAAACUCAGACUAUGGAAGACGAAACUGACCAGAAACUACCAGUCAAGACAAAGGCUUCAUGUUGCAAAGGGCUCAAGGCCUUCCUUGCUGCUCUGGCAUUUACCUACUUCAGUAAAGUAUUUUCAGGAGCCAUGAUGAAAAGUUCCUUCACACAACUGGAAAGAAGAUUUGGCAUUUCCUCUUCUACAGCUGGUUUCAUGGAUGGAGGCUUUGAAAUGGGGAAUUUGCUGGUGAUUGCAUUUGUGAGUUAUUUUGGAGCCAAAUUUCACCGGCCAAAGGUAAUUGCUCUUGGCUGUUUUGUCAUGUCUCUCGGGAGUGUUUUAACAGCAAUGCCUCACUUCUUCAUGGGAUAUUAUAGAUAUGACACAUCACCAAGGACACCAGACAAUUCAUCUUCCAGUGUCUCUCCCUGUUUAGCAAAUCAGACAACACUAGGAUUGCAAAGGAGGCCAGGAUCAGACUGUGAUGAGACAGUUACAUCUUAUGCAUGGAUUUUUGUUUUGCUGGGGAACCUACUACGUGGAAUCGGUGAAACACCAAUAACUCCGCUGGGCAUUUCUUACCUUGAUGAUUUCUCUAGGGAAGAAGAUACUCCUUUUUAUGUUGGAAUUUUACACACGAUAGCAAUGAUUGGCCCUAUGGCUGGCUUCCUUUUGGGAUCUGUGUUAGCCAGAAUUUAUGUGGAUGUCGGCUUUGUGGACCUGGGUACAAUCACUAUAACUCCAACUGACUCCCGUUGGGUUGGGGCAUGGUGGUUGGGAUUUUUAGCAGCUGCUGUCACCAACCUGCUUUCUGGCAUCCCUUUCUUGUUCUUGCCUAAAAGCCUGGAGAAAGAAGUUGGGAAUGCUCCUGGAACAAAAAAGCUGGAUUCUGUAAAAAUGAAAGAUCACAAUAAUGAAAGCCACAAACAGCUGUCUGAGACUCAAAAAGAAGUAGGGAACCCAAGUAACCUGAAAGGGUUCUUCAAGUCCCUGAAGAGAGUGUUGGGUAAUGGAAGGUAUUUCACUCUGUUGUGCAUAUCAUUGCUGCAGUUUAACAGCUUCAUUGGUUAUCUGACAUACAACACAAAAUACAUGGAGCAACAGUAUGGUCAGCCAGCAUCCAAGUCUAAUUUAGUAACAGGAGUUGCCAUUUUACCAGCUGUCUGCAUUGGUAUCUUUACUGGAGGGCUCAUCAUGAAAAAGUACAAACUAAAUGUUAUCGCUGCAACAAAAAUGGCAUUUACAACAUCAUUUCUGGCCUUCGCCAUUUCACUUUUCUACAUGACAGUGGGCUGUGACAACCGCACAGUAGCUGGAUUAACUGUGUCCUAUGAUGGGCAACCAAUUACUCGAGAUGCAAUUCUUUUAUCGUCACAAUGUAACUCUGACUGUCACUGUGCCACAAACCAGUGGAACCCUGUCUGUGGAGACAAUGGACUCACAUAUGUGUCAGCAUGUUUUGCUGGCUGUAAAGACAUAACGGGAUCCAGAAAAGAAACAGUUUUUCAUAAUUGUAGCUGCAUUGAAAGUAUGGAUUCUGUGGUGAUAAAUUCCUCCGCAGUUUUGGGAGAAUGUCCAAGGAGUGAUGACUGCUCAAGGAAAUUUAUUUAUUUCACAGCAAUAAAAGUAGCAAGUUCCUUUUUCUAUGCAUUGGGGGGGACUUCAUUUUUCAUGAUCAUGAUUAGAAAUAUAGAACCAGAACUAAAGUCACUGGCAGUUGGUCUCCAUAUGCUUGUGAUGAGAGCUUUGGGUGGAAUUCCAGCCCCUGCUUAUUUUGGUGCUGUAAUAGACAAGGCUUGCUUGAAGUGGGCAAACACUGGCUGUAGGCGCCAAGGUGCUUGCAGACUCUAUGACUCUACAGUGUACAGAUAUUCUUUCUUCGGCCUGGUAUUUGCCCUAAGAGCUCCAAGUUAUUUGCUGGGCUUGGUGUUCUUCUAUCUUGUAAAGAAACAUUUUGAAAGACAAAAUGCUGAUGCUGCUGAAAAUGGAAUGAAAGAAGGUGUAGCACUGAAUGGAGAAAUGAAGCCAAAUGACAGUGAACGUACUGCUAGUCCUCAUGAGGCAGACAUGGACACCUGCAUAUAGUAACUGCUUCCACUUUGACAAUGGUGCAAAGAUCACAGGGCCAUCUUGGUUAUAUAAGCAUAGUAAAGAUUAAAUUGGCAAAAAAGCAGUA